UAUCUUGAAGACUAGUACUAGUUUUUAAAUUCUUUGUCGCCCGAGAAUAUGCUCAUAAUUUCAUGACCACUACAUUUCAUAAAUUCCAAAUUCAGUUCAUGUGAUUCUCUCUCGUCUCCCUGCCGACAAUUCCAAUAUGAUGGAUUCAUAUAUAUAAAAAUGGAGUUGAUUUGAGGGUACAUAAUUGUGAAUUUGAUGCUUCACUCUGCAGCUGUUCUAUUAGCACUCUUAACAUGUCAGGGCACCUUUGUAUUGAAGAAGUAGCAGGGCAGGAUGAAAGAAGAGAGCAUUCAGAGGAUGAAAGAAAGACAGCAAUAUACAGUUUGAAAAAGAAGGCAAUAAAUGCAUCGAACAAGUUGAGGCAUUCUUUUAAGAAGAAAAGAAGCAAAAAGAGUGGCAGCCGGAGUAAUUCCCUGUCCAUUGAGGAUGUUCGAGACGCGAAGGAGCUUCAAUCAGUCGAUGUAUUUCGACAGGCACUUAUAUCUGAUAACUUGCUGCCCGCCAAACACGAUGAUUAUCACACGUUAUUGAGAUUCUUGAAAGCCAGGAAGUUUGACAUUGAGAAAGCAAAACACAUGUGGGCCAACAUGAUACAAUGGAGGAAAGACUACGGUACAGAUACAAUUAUAGAGGAUUUUGAGUUCAAGGAAUUGCAUGAAGUCCAGCAGUACUAUCCACACGGUAAUCAUGGCGUAGAUAAGGAAGGAAGACCCGUUUAUAUUGAAAGACUAGGCAAAGUUGAUCCCAGCAAACUUAUGCAAGUAACUAAUAUUGAAAGGUACUUGAGAUACCAUGUGCAGGGUUUUGAGAAAACAUUUGCUGUUAAGUUUCCAGCUUGCUCAAUAGCUGCUAAGAGACAUAUAGAUUCAAGCACAACCAUAUUGGAUGUUCAAGGCCUGGGUUUCAAAAAUCUAACCAAGUCUGCACGGGAACUCAUCACGCGCCUGCAGAAGAUUGAUGGUGAUUACUAUCCAGAAACACUCUACCAAAUGUUUAUCAUCAAUGCUGGCCCUGGUUUCAAGAUGCUUUGGAACACGGUGAAAACGUUCCUAGAUCCCAAAACCACGUCAAAAAUUCAAGUUCUCGGAAACAAGUUCCAGAGUAAAUUACUUGAAGUUAUUGAUGCGAGUGAGCUGCCAGAAUUUCUUGGUGGUACUUGCACUUGUGCUGAUCGGGAUGGUUGUAUGAGAUCUGAUAAAGGGCCAUGGCAAGACCCAAACAUUAUAAAGAUGGUUCUCAAUGGUGAAGUACAUUGCUCUAGACAAAUAGUAACAGAUACUAACGAUAAGGCGACUGCAUUCGAAUGUGAUAGGACAUCUUAUCCAAUGAUAAGAAGUUGUGAUACACCUACAGGAGAGUCAGGGUCUGAAGUUGACGAAAUUACAUCUCCCAAAGCAAGUGGGAAUCAUAUAAACCCUAUGUUGACUCCAGUGCAUGAAGAAGCAAGACUGGUUGGAAAGGCUAAUCAUGCUGCUAAGGGUUUCUCUGAGCAUGAUGAGUAUAUACCAAUGGUUGACAAGGCUGUGGAUGUUGGCUGGAAGGAAAAGCAAGCAACAUCUCAAAACUCAUCUGACUCAACAACAGAAAAAUUUCUAUCGAGUAAUGAAAAAUGUCCUGAUGGAAACCGAGCAUAUAUCUGGACUGUCAUAAUGAGCUUCUUCUUAGCCCUCGUUACUUUUGCCCGUUCGAUAGCAUUUGGUGGUGUUAAAGGAAUACUGAGGCAUGAAUCUAAUUCUUCUCAAAGUAUAACAAGCAUGACUGUUGAUUCAGUGUCUAUGGAAGAAUCUGGUACUCCUUCACCUGCUCCUGAGUUCACAGAGACAAACCACCCCGCAUCUGCCUUGAAACGCCUUGGCGAGCUUGAAGAGAAAGUUAACAUGCUACAAUCAAAAUCUAAUGUGAUGACAUAUGAGAAAGAGGAGCUGCUGAAUGCUGCAGUUUAUCGAGUUGAUGCAUUGGAAUCAGAGUUGAUUGCUACAAAGAAGGCUCUAUACGAAGCUUUGAUAAAACAAGAAGAAUUAAUGGAAUACAUAGAAAGACAGGACAAACACAAAAGCAUGUGGAAAAAGGUUUGCUGUUGAAGAGAUACUGCACCCAAAGGAGCUUGUUUUGUAGGUAACACGUUAUUUCUUGUCAGAUUGAGUGUAAUAAUAUUUAAACUUGCAGCAAAGAAUAUUGUUCUUCUACCUGCCACAUUGGUCUUGUAUCUAAAUUUCUCUUUACCGGUCA